AACUCCGGGACCGCGUAAAACGCGAAGGAAAAGUAAAAGAAGAGGGAAAAAAAGAAGGAAGGAAAAACGCGAGGAAGCGAUGGAGGUGGGCGGCGACGAGAUGAUGAUGACUUCGGGCGCCACGGGCCGGAUCGUGCCGGUGUUCCGGUCCGUGCUGUCCCGCCGCACCUUGCUCCGCGUCGCCGUCGCGCUCCACUCGCUCUUCCUCUGGCUCGUCCUCCUCGUCGGCCGCCGCCGCCGCCCCGACGCGUCGCCUGCGGGGGCGGCGGACGCCGGGAUGGGCAAGGCCGGCAGGAGCCGGAGCCGUCGCAGCCGCAGGGCGCUCGCCGAGGAGGAGGACGUGCGCCGACGCAGGGCGCUCGCGGAGGAGGUGCCGAUGGUGGAGGAGGAUGAAGCGGACGGGAAGGAGGACGCCGGGAGGAGGUGGGCCACGUUCGUGAUCCCCGGCGCCAGGAGGAACGCGCUCUUCUGCCGCGUCUGGACGCCGGCCGCCGGCACGGAGAUGAGGGGUAUUCUGGUCAUCAUACAUGGGCUCAAUGAGCAUAGUGGAAGGUAUUUGCAUUUUGCCGAGCAGCUGACAUCAUGUGGCUUUGGAGUAUAUGCAAUGGAUUGGAUAGGCCAUGGUGGCAGCGAUGGUCUGCACGGUUAUGUGCCUUCACUAGAUUAUGUUAUAGAAGACAUGGAAGUACUUCUCGAUAAAAUUAUGCUGGACAGUCCAGGGGUCCCCUGUUUUCUUCUCGGCCACUCAACUGGUGGAGCUGUUGUUUUGAAGGCGUCGUUGUACGCUCACAUCAGAACCAGACUGGAAGGUAUCAUCCUGACUUCACCAGCUGUGCGAGUGAAGCCAGCCCAUCCAAUAGUUGGGGCCGUGGCACCGAUAUUCUCACUGAUAGCACCAAAGUUCCAGUUCAAGGGAGCCAACAAGCGAGGUAUCCCGGUGUCCCGCGACCCGGCGGCGCUGCUGGCCAAGUACUCGGACCCGCUGGUGUACACGGGGCCGAUCAGGGUCCGGACGGGCCACGAGAUCCUGCGCAUCUCCUCCUACCUGCUGCACAACCUCCAGAAGGUGACCGUCCCGUUCAUGGUCCUCCACGGCACGGCGGACCGCGUGACGGACCCGCUGGCGUCGCAGGACCUCUUCCACGAGGCCGCGUCCAGGCACAAGGACCUCAGGCUGUACGAGGGGUUCCUCCACGACCUGCUCUUCGAGCCCGAGCGCGAUGACGUCGCCGCUGAUAUAAUCGGGUGGAUGGACCGGAUGCUCGGGCGGCAAGCUGUAUGAUGAACUAUAUAUAUAUAUAUCAAGUGUAGUUGUCUGAAGAUGAUGCGCUAAACGGAAAAUAAUUAUAUGAAGAGUAUUCAGAUGACAGCCGAAGGAUCGAUUGCAGUCA